AUGUCUCGAUACGCUGCUGUCCACGCCUGGAACAAGCUCGGCGGAGUUGGUGAUGCCCGUCCCACUGCCGAACAGAUCAUCAAGGACGCUGGUAAGGAGGACCUCAAGGGCCAAGUCAUCAUCAUCACCGGUGUCUCCUCCGGAAUUGGCGCCGCCAGUGCCAGAGCUCUCGCUGCUACCGGUGCUUCUCUCUACCUGGCUGGCCGAAGCAUUUCCAAGGCCAAGGCUGCGCUCCCAACCAUCGCCGAUCUGCCCAACGUUCACUUCCUCGAGCUCGACCUGGCGUCAAAUGCCAGCGUCAAGGCCUUUGCUGCCGAGUUUCUGAAGCAGUCUGGCGGCAAGCUCAAUGUCCUGCUUAACAAUGCAGGCGGUAUCACUUCUGAGCGCAAAGUCACCGUUGAUGGCUUUGAGGAACAGUUUGCCAUAAACCACCUCGGCUCUUUCCUGCUCUUUUCUCUUCUCAAGGAUGCCUUGCUCGCCAGCGCAUCAGCUUCGAACCCUAGCCGAGUGAUCAACGUUACCAGCUACGGACACCGUCUCGGAAGAAUCCAAUGGGACGACCUCAACUUUGAAAAGGAAUACAAUCCCUCGCUUGCUUAUGCUCAGGCCAAGAAUGCCAGCAUCUACACGGCCACCGAGAUUGACCGUCGCUACGGCGCCCAAAACCUCACCGCGUGGAGCGUCCAUCCCGGCGGUAUCCUCGAAUCCGCCUUUUUGGACAAUAGCGGCUGGGGCAAGGAGGUCGUUGAGGGACUCAUGAAGACUUGGCCGUCUGAAGUCUUCAAGAACAACUCACAGGGCGCUGCGACGCAGGUGUGGGCGGCAGUUAGCGACGAUGUCCUGGCUGAGGGAGCUAGAGGAAAGUACUUGGAAGACUGUUCCGUUGCACUUCCCACGGAGGAGACAGAUAAGCCCGAAUGGAGGGGACACGCUGCUUAUACUUACGAUGAGGCUGACGCGAAGAGGAUUUGGGAGGUCAGUGAGAAGUUGCUCGGAGUCAAGGCCUAA